CAGGAGAGACCGUUCGCAGUUAACCGAUUGUGUUAGCCAAGUUAGCUUAGCCAGUUAGUUAGUCAGACAGGCAGUUCGUUAGCCAAGUGGCAGCGACUAAAGUUAGUGAAGUGUUUAAAGGCGCGAGUGCGUUUUACCGGACCAAUGCAAGAUUUUACCAUAAACGCAGUCAGUGCACAGAGCCAAAGCAGCAGCGGUAGCAGCAGCGGUAGCGGUAGCAGAAGGCCACACAGCAGCGGCACGAGCGGUACAAGUUGCCUCAACUGCCAGGCGCUGCUGAUCGUCGUGAUCCUGGCCGCCGUGAUGCCACUGCCACAUGCUCGUCAUCUCCGCGAUCAGAUGGCUCUGGAUUACGCCUACGAUGAGGAUAGAUCAUCAUCAUCAUCCUCUUCCUCUUCCUCUUCCUCCGCCGGAGCAGAUGUCCUGCCCGCGUUCAAUGUGAAUCCCUAUCGCGGAUUGGUGGAGAGCUUCGGCGAGGGCAGCUACGACAGCGAUCUCAGCCUGAGCGAGAGCAGCUACGAGGAGAUCGCCCAGGCGGCCAUCCGAGCGGCGCGGCGGGAGAUGCGCCGCCAGCGGACGCGGCACGCCCGCAGCCACAACCUGCGCCUCUUCGCCGGCGGCCGGUCGGAGAUUCCCGAGUGGGAGAAUCCCUGCGGCGGCACCUACACUCCCGACGAGAGCCUCGCCGACAGCAGCUCCAGCCAGGGAAGGGUCAUCAAGCGAAAGCACCUCGAAAACUUGCGGAACAUCACGAUGAGCGAGUACCAAGACAUCACCCAUCGGGCGACGCUGGAGUAUGGAAACCACCAGCACUUCCAGCGCGAGUACAAGUUCCUGCCGAACAUGACGAAGCCGACGAGCGCGGUGAAGCUGAAGACCUGGUACCGCCACAUGCAGACCUUCGUGGGCAGCUUCUCGUAUCUGGGACGGGCACAGUACAAAUUCCGCAAGGAUCAGCAGAAGAGCCUCAACGAGGCCGUCACCAAGGAGCUGCACGAUCUGCUGGUCAGUGCGCGCUACAUGCUCUGCGAGAUCGAGUCGACCAUCAAUGCCUCCUAUCCGAAUAGCAACGGUGCCAAAUUGAGUCGCGUCAGCCGGCAGGCGAUGGAGGAGCGUCUGAAUUUCCACACGCCCGCCAACGGAUCCUCGGAGGCGGACCAGCGCGACCUGAAGGUGAGCAAGGAGCUGUACUUCCAGUAUUUGGACAACAUUUGGAAGACGCUGCACCGAGCACUCCGUCGGCCAAGCAAGAGGAACAGCGGCGAACGGCGGCACUCGGCGAAUUCGGCGGGAAAACACGGAGCUCGCAGCUCGGAAAUGCUCGACUUGGGAUCCUCCUCGAACGGAGUGGGAGCGAGUCUGAGUUCCGGCUCCGAUUCCGGUUCGGCGGAGUCUUAAGUGGCAGGUGCCAAGUCAGCGAAGAAAAGCCCUUCCAGUAUUACAGCUUUCCAGCUAACCAGCUUCCAAGCCAAAUAGAGGAAAACCCGACCGACGAAUUAACAAAAAAAAAAAACGAGGCGGCGGGAUUAACGAAGAAUUUUUGUCGAAUGCCAUUUAGACACGUAUUUUUAGUAUUUAUUUAUUUAUUUAUUGAUUUAUUGAUUGAUUGAGUAUUGAGUAUUAGAGCGAAUACCAUUCCAGUUUGCCAAUCCACUCCAUUUUCCACGCUUCCAUCUCGACUAUUUAUUUCCCAUCUAGAAUAUGGCUAUAUUUUGUUUCUCUAUGUGUAGUAAUUUAUUUAUUUAUUUAUAUACAUAUAUAUAUACAUAUAUACAAAUAUCAAUGCUGUAUUUAUAACUAUUUAUUUGUGAACGGCGAGAAAAGCUUGCCAAGAAAAAAUGAAAAACACCCAACAACAAAAAACCAGCCACAAACAAAAAAAUGCUUAAAUCUACUGUGAUUUAUUUUAAGUACUUUUUUUGAAUAGUUCUUAGUGAAUGUGAAGGAACACGAUUGUAAAUGAAAACGAAGCGAAGUAUUGUACAGACAUUCUUGUGCUUAGUUGUAAGUUUGUGCAGAAUAAACAUAGAAAAGACAAA